AUGAGUGUCGCCGAAUAUGAAAUCCAGUUCACAAAGCUAUCCCGCUUUGCACCUGAGUUGAUAGCCACCGAGCAAAGGCGUGUUCGGAGGUUUGUGCAGGGUUUGAAUGUGGAACUACAGGAAAGUUUAGCCGCCGUAAGGAUAGAUACUUUCGCAGAUGCUGUCGAAAGAGCUCAGAGAGUUGAAGUAGCUAGAGCUCAAGUGAAAUCUUUUCAAGCUAAGAAAAGAUUUGCCCCCAGCAGUAGUCGAGAGCCGACGUAUGGAAGUACUCCACCGGCUAAAGUGGGCCGAGGUACAGGCGGAGUGACUAGUCCCGGAGCACCGCGAGGUGCAUUAGCAAGGGGAACCGGGGCAAGGAAUGCAGGGGGAAGAAACAAUGGAAUUAGAGGGGGACCGAUUGGAAGAGCACAACCUAGGAAUACCUCGCAAGGAGGCCGAGCCAUAAUUCCCCAAAUGACUUGUGCAUAUUGUAAGAAACCUGGUCAUAUUAUGGAUAGCUGCUGGAAGAAGCAAGGAAAGUGCUUGAAAUGCGGAAGUAGCGAGCACCAAAUUUCUGGAUGUCCAAAAAUGCAGGGAGGGACUACUUCGAACGCUAGAUCAAACACUUCUGGAGGGAGCCGGCCGACAGUUCCUGCCAGAGUGUAUGCUAUAGGUGACCAACCUGUACCUGAUUCCUCGGAAGUGGUGGAAGGUACACUUCCGAUUUUUCAUCGAUUAGCUAAAGUGUUAAUUGACCCUGGUGCAACCCAUUCAUUCGUAAAUCCAUCCUUUAUGUCUGGAAUAGAUGUGCAACCUGUUAGAUUACCCUUCGAUCUUGAAGUUAGGACACCCAUGGGUAAUAAGAAUGUAAUCACUAGUUUGGCUUAUAAGAAUUGUGAAUUCUGGAUUGGAGAGCGUAAAAUGCUAGUGGAUCUGAUCAGUCUGGACAUAAAAGGUUAUGAUGUUAUAAUAGGAAUGGAUUUUCUAGGCCAUUAUCAUGCUAAACUUGACUGCCGAGCGAAAGUGGUGGAAUUUUGUAUACCUGGUGAAGCAACCCUGAGGUUAGAUGUCAAGGGUAGGUUAGCAUCAUCUGCUAUGAUCUCAGGAAUCCGAGCAAGGAAAAUGUUGUUUAAAGGAGCGCAAGGUUUCUUAGCCUUCUUGAUAAACGCCCCCAGUGAUCAAGUGAAGCUGGAGGAUGUACCAGUGGUACGGGAAUUUUCGGAUGUUUUUCCCGAAGAGUUAAGGACUCUACCGCCGGAAAGAGAAGUGGAAUUUAAGAUUGACUUGAUGCCUGGAACGGCUCCAAUUUCUAAGACCCCAUAUCGAAUGGCUCCUGCCGAGCUAAAAGAAUUGAAAAUUCAAUUACAAGAUCUGUUGGAGAAGGGCUUUUGUAUCGAUUACCGAGGGUUAAAUGAGGUUACAAUUAAGAAUAAAUACCCUCUACCGUUGAUUGAUAGCUUAUUCGACCAACUGCAAGGGUCAGUGGUCUUCUCUAAGCUGGAUUUAAGGCAAGGGUAUUAUCAGUUGAAGAUCAAGAAGGAAGAUAUACCUAAGACUACUUUUAGUACGAGAUAUGGACAUUUUGAGUUUGCAGUCAUGCCUUUUGGAUUAACCAAUGCACCAGCUGCUUUCAUGGACCUGAUGCAGAGAAUUUUUAAGAAGUAUCUGGAUCAGUUUGUAGUGGUUUUCAUAGAUGAUAUCCUGAUUUACUCUAAGACUCGAGAGGAGCAUGCUAAGCAUUUAGAGGUGGUUUUGCAGAUACUAAGAGAACAUAAGCUGUAUGCCAAAUUCAGCAAGUUUUCUGAAGAUGGAAUUGCCGUGGAUCCGGCAAAAGUUGAGGCCAUUAUGAAUUGGAAACAACCAGAAACUCCAACUGAAGUUAGAAGUUUCUUGGGUUUAGCAGGUUAUUAUAGGCGAUUUAUCCAGGAUUUCUCGAAGAUUGCAGGACCUAUGACUGAGCUAACCAAGAAAGGAGCCAAGUUUGUCUGGACUCCGAAGUGCGAGUCAAGUUUUCAGGAACUAAAGAAGCGGUUAACAUCCGCUCCCGUUUUGGUUUUACCCGAUGGAGGUGAAGGAAAAGCCAAUGUGGUGGCUGACGCUCUUAGUAGGAAGGCCCAAGUAGCAGGGUUAAUGGUAAAAGAAGAUCCUAAGGAUCUACUGAGGUCGUGUAUACUGGAUUUUGGAGGUAAGUGGAGCCAAUAUAUGACCUUAGUGGAAUUUGCAUAUAAUAACAGCUAUCAGGCUUCGAUUCAAAUGGCACCUUAUGAGGCUUUGUAUGGAAGAAGGUGUCGAUCUCCGAUUCAUUGGGAUGAAGUUGGAGAAAAGAAAAUCGUAGAUCCUACAGCUAUACCUUGGAUAGAAGAAGCCCAGGAGAAAGUAAAACUAAUUAGAGAAAGGCUUCAAGGCGGAGUAGUGUCUAAGAAAGGUAAGAAGCUGAAGCCAAGGUAUAUCGGACCUUUCGAAAUUUUGAAGAGAGUUGGGUUAGUAGCGUAUCAAGUGAAGUUGCCUGCAAGCAUGGCUAAGAUUCACGAUGUAUUCCAUGUUUCCAUGCUUAGGAAAUAUUAUCCUGAUCCAAGUCACGUGUUGCCACUAGAAGGAAUUGAGGUGGAUGAGACAUUAACGUAUGAAGAAGGACCGGUCAGGAUUUUGGAGAGAGAAAUGAAGGAACUGAGAAAUAAGGAAAUUCCUCUAGUAAAGAUUCUAUGGAAGAAUCAUGGACUGGAGGAAGCGACUUGGGAAUUAGAAGAAGAAAUGCAGAACAAGUACCCUGAUUUAUUUCUCUAG